AUGAAGCGACAUAAGAACCUCGCCGGCCGCAUGUUGAAGCUGAAGGAUACCAUGAAACGUCGCAUGUCGAUAGGAGGCAGGCGAUCAAGCUUGAUGGGCGACCCGAACCAGUCUGACGACACGAGGAUGCGAUCGCAGUCGGAGCUUACCCUGCCUUUGAGCCGCAGUUACUCAGUUGAGAGCAUGGACAGUCUAGCUAGCUUCAUCAGUCCCACUAGUCCAGGUUAUUUCAAUCGGCUGAGUCACAUCAGUGACAGCUCCGGAGAGGAUCACAUCCAAACAGGUCCAGUCAUCGCCAAAGCGGUGGUGAAGAAGGAUUAUACACCGAGUCCCUACGACACGGACGCCCUCCGUCUGAAGACGGGUGACGUCAUCGACGUGUUUAGCAUGCCGAGCACGGGCACGUGGACGGGCGUGCUGCGAGGCAAGGUCGGCCACCUUAAUUCAUUCAACGUCGACAUCGUUAGCGACCGAGACGCCGAAGAACAAGCGACGCAGCCGAACGCCGCGUCACCACAAGCACACGCAGCGGAGACCACGCACGACGGAGGAACUACUGAGAGACUCUGCUUAGAGAAGUACAUCAGCGUGUUCAUGUUGAACGACUAUGACCUUGAACGCUUCGGAGAACUGGAAGAAGAAGAUCUAGACGACCUUCAGAUUGUGAGCAGCGAGGACAGAGCGAAGAUUCUCACGGCAGCCGAACUUCUACACGACUACGAUGGUGAUGCAGAACCAGCGCAUGCGCAGCAGCAGCAGCAGCCGGAAGUGGCGGCGGAGGUGACGUCACGCGGUGAGAUCAGAGACUCAGGUAUCUAUGCGAGCAGCGACUGCCUACAGAUGACGAAACCAGCCGACGUCGAUGUGUCGGCAACGACGACGACCACGACCGCCGCCAGCAGCAGCAGCGCUCCGGCGACGCUCAAACGACAAGACGCCGUGCGCACGAAGCAGAAACAAGAGCGCAUCUCAAAGUUCUACGUCAAUAUUUGCCCGCCGGAAGAGGGCUCUGGUAAACGCCAAACGCCCGGAAGCGACGCCGACGUGAAAUCGACAAUGCCGAGUGAGACCGCGAGCGCCGCAAUUAAAACAAAGGCAGAGCCGACGAAGACGCCCUCUGACGGGAAAUCAUCCGCCGACUGGAAAACAGCGAGCGUGAAAUCGAAAGCGAAGCCGGGGAAGGAACACACGAAGGCACUGCGCAUGUCCGUCAACAUCUCACCGCUAGUGGGAGUGCCGGGCAUAGAUGAUAGCAUUCACGCGACGCAGAGCUGCGAGGCCCUCGUCGAACCGAGCGCGCCGACAGCGAGAGAGAAAUCGUCGCCGCCGCUAGAGGACAGUGUGUUCAGUGCGUCGCCGGCGAGCAAGCAGCGCGUCAGACUGACGGCGACGCACCACGCCGACGGCUGCAAGAAACUCUUCUCCGACUCGAACGUCAACUACGGAGAGGUUCGCUUCAGAAGCAAGGGUGGGUUCGGGCAGCGCGCGGCGACGCUGCCGCGGCCACCUAGCGACGAACGCAAGCGCGAGUCGACGCCGUCGGCGCGUCCGUCUGCCAGAGGGCACCAGUCUCGCGUGAAGACGAUCAUCGAGACGUUCCAGGGACUGCGGACGUGGAGGGAGUCGUCGCUACGCCCCAUGUCGUCGGCUGUGGCUGAGAGGUCGAUGACGGCAGUGCCGUCGGUCGUCGAGGCGAUGUUGAGACGGAAGCUGGGAGAGGAAGGGAUCGACCUCCUGAAGGAACCAUACACGACGGGAAAGGACGGGGUCGGCGACAUUCCGCCAGCUCUCAUCACACGCUAUGCGGCAGAGCUGUGCUACCAUGCAUCAGAGAUCGCUAACGCCAUGGAAACACUGCGCGUCACACAGCUUCACGAGAAGCAGAAACCAGCAGUGUUCAGUGAGAAGCUGAGUGAAGCCCGCUUAUUGACGAGCACCCCCGUAUACAACUACUCAUCAGUACAGGACUGGCUCACCUCUCUCGGUCUCCCAAUGUACACCGAGAAUUUGAUGAAGCAGGGAUACAGCCAAAUAGAACAAGUAGCGAUGCUGAGACGAACAGAACUAGAGGCGCUCGGCAUAUCGAAGACGUCACAUCUUAGCAUACUUAGUGCUGCCUGCGACCACCUACGACAACACCUGCGCAAAUACGGUAUAGUUAAUUAGCCAGGUGAUGCCAAAUCAAACCUGCAUGAUCUCCGUAUUUUUUUUAUAGAGUUGAUGGCGUAAACGAAUUCAUGUUCGUAUUUUAUAUUCCAAACAUCAAACGUUUUGUACGUGUGCCUAAAUCUGCGUUUACCCUUUCCUCUGUUUCUUUUUUCAUUUGUUUUUCGAGCAAAGUAUUUUAACUGUGAUGAAACUUGCCAACGUUUCCUUGCCAACGUUUCCUUGCCAACGUUUCCUUGCCAACGUUUCCUUGCCAAUCGCUGUUUUGUACGUGAAAAAACUUGUGUCAGAUAUUUUCUGGUUAUACUUGUCGUGUGUAUGUGAAAACUAUCCUUCACCCUCUAUUCGUGUUGAACAAUUAACGGUGCUCUGUGUAGGAAAACGUGUUAUCUACAUUACCUUAAAUGUACAUAGUACUACUUAAUAAAUGUAUACACCUGUGACCAACCGAAAUGCAGCCAGGACCCAUUGGUUAAAGAGUCAAACUCUAUACAGGACGAAAGGUUAUUGUUAUUUAUUGUACAAUAUUGUUGUACAUAGCAAAUAGUAUACUCAUAUUCUUCCAAACUUCUUACAAAUGCGUAGAUGCAUUUUUCUCUUUACUGGAAGUUAUUUAUAUAUUUCAUUCAAUAUAGUUCAACAUGUAUAAUUACACGCUGUAUAUCGUUGUGGGAAUAUACAUUUGUCUCACACCCAUAUUAACAUGAAUAUGUUAUUGCUAAAGUCAUUUCACAUUGAAUCAAUCGUGUUACUGCUUAAAACUAUUAUAGGUGCCAUUCAUGUUUAACUAUAUACACAAGUAUCAUCCAAUAUGAGAUAUCAUAUAUAUAAUAACUACAGAUAUGUAGUUAGAUUAAAUUGAUUGGAAAUAAACGAUUAUAAUCGUAAUUAA